GUUAAUAUAGAAGCUGAUACAAUUACAACAGCCGCACGAAGACCGUCUCUCUGUUGUACAACACCAUUAAAAAAGAACCCGAAAAACUAAGAAAUCAUGCAACACCUCGGACGUCGUUUGUCUGGUUUGCAAAAAGCAGCCUCGUCCUCCUCGUCCAGUCGCUCGUUCUCAACGUUGGUCGUGACCGCAGGCGACGCGCAGGCUGGACUCGCCCCGGCCACACAGCACGUGAUUUCCGCCGCCAAAGUAUUGGGGAACGACAUCAGCUUCUUGGCGACCAGUAAGGAGGCAGCGGAGAAAGCCGCGGCCUACGGGGGGAAGACGUACUUGGCAGAGGGAGCAAGGACGGCGGAUGCACUGUAUAUUUUUAUAGACUAUAUUUUUAUAGACUAUAGACAGAUAAGGACUUGACUCAAAAGCUGUAGAGGAGAGUUGCGAAACCCUUAAACAGGCUCUAAAGUUGCGGCUCAACCUGCAGCAAACCUGGAGCAAACCCCUAGGGCUUUUAGAAAUGGCGCAGCUUUCUACUCGCGAAUGCGCACGCUAUUCGACCCAAAAGAUGGAGGUCGACCCGUAGGGAACAAGCAAAAAUCACGAAAAGCGCGACACUUUGGAAGCGCUGAACCUGCAUGCUAUUACGACAAAGCCUGGAGCUUUUCUGGGGCUCGAGCUCUAGAGCUUUGCAUAUAUUUGCGCUCUUAUUUUUCGAAAGCGCGUGCUGCUGUGCGAAAUAUUUCCGAUAAAUUCUACGACUUGGGCUGUAGGGGUUCAGCGCGAUGAGCGACAAAGAAACCCCUGGGCGCUGCAAAAAUAGCCCGAGCCCUACACGCAGCGACAACCCCCGCGCUCAGAAGAGAGCCCCUUGUCGCCUUCAAUAUGCAAGCGCCCCUCGCCCAGUGUGGUGCGCCCUGCUGCUGGUGGCGGCAGCCCUUGCCCCUGCGUGCAGGCACCUGCCACGUCGCCCUGGCAGCAUUUCUCGCUCUUUGCGUUGGGUCCUGCCCCUCGCAGUAACUCUUGUCCCUCGCAGUAGCUCUUGCCCCUCGCAGUAAGUCUUGCCCCUGCGCAUACGCCUUGCCCCUGAUAGGACUUCUUGCCCUUUGUAGUACUAGCACCCCUUGCCCCUGCCUCGCAGAACAUCUCGCCCCUGCAGGCACAUCUUGUCCCUGAUAAGGGAGCAAGAGCCACUCACACGGCGCAGAGUUUUAAAAACCACGAUCACAAACUUGGCAGAGGGAGCAAGGACGGCGGACGCACUGUAUAUUUUUACAUUAUGCCUUGGACGGUCGUUAGCGUACAGAAGGGUGAAUUUGCAGUGAAUUUGUAUUGCAUGACUUGCAUUUACUUCAAAAGAGAAGUGCGCUGCGUGGUAAAGGGCUGGACACGAGCCCAAGCAGCUCACGCAGCGUGAAGGGCUGGUCGGCGCCAGGUGGCACUUGCAGCACCGAAAAAAGCGGUCUUACGGGGCCCGCCGGACCGUGUAGUGCAUAACCAAAGAAGGUGGAUCGUGGGGCACUUGUUCAUCUGCGCGUUCACCUCAGAAGUUCCUCUCUGAAAUGGUCGAAAGGGAGGGCGACGCCUGAACACAGGGGCACGAGUUCAACGCGUACGCUCUCGCGAGUUGUGGUUUGGAAUUGGAUAUCUGGGAGUAGCCUCGGGUGGAAGGGAAGGCACGACUCGGCCGCGGGCACUAGUUUGCUUCGCCUGCUGUGCUCGGCUUACAACUCCCCAGGUGUUUUUUGCCUCCGGAGCAAGUCUUAUUCGACGUGACCCCCAGGUCAAGAAUUCCCUGGGUGAAUUUUCAGGCUUUUUGUUUUUGCGACACUUUCUGGAAGCCCCAAAACCCGGAGUUUCUCAUGCGCCAGCGCAUUUUGAACAGGAGCCGGAAGACAAAAUUCACCGGCGUCCUUUCCAAAAUUCACCCCAAAAUUCACCGAGCGCCACUUUUCGACCGUGAUAAGCAAAGUUUAGCGCAGAAAAGUGCUCAAAAAAACGCACAAGUAGACCCUGGGAAGUGGGGCCGAGGGGAAAAGACAGGCGCCCGCUGUUGCCCUUAGCGCCUCUACAUUCUGCCGAAAAGGCCUGGAGAGUUCACGCGCCUGCCGGAUAGACGCGCCAAAGCUCUCGGCCGGGUCCUUUUCACUUGGCAGAGGGAGCAAGGACGGCGGACGCACUGUAUAAUUUUACAGUGCUUUGUUUUGGUCCUCUCGUGGUUUUUAAAACUAGCAAUAGAGUAUGUUCGGUUUGAUGUCCGAAACGGAAUCUUCUCCACUCGGAACUGUCAUGCUUGUAACAAGUACAACGAAGCCUGCCAAUACUACUAAUAAAUACAACAGCGCCCCUGUGAUAGCGGACCUGCAAAAAGCACACGGCUUCAAGCACAUACUCGCCGCCUCCGGAGAUGUUGGAAGGGACUGCCUGCCCCGGGUGGGCGCUCUGCUCGACGUGCAGCCCGUGAGCGACAUUUUGGAAAUUUUGGGCGACAAAAAGUUCAAAAGACCCAUGUACGCGGGGAAUGCGAUAGCCACGGUGGAAGUCACGGACGACGUCGUUUUGGCGACCGUAAGACCAACUGCUUUCCCGCCCGCGGCUGCAGAGGGAGGGGGAGGUGCUGAAUAGUAGAUGUUUCUUGGUUUUCGUGAUCUACUUAUGUUGAAUCAAUUUCCUGUUUGCUCCAUCCAAGCACCUGCUCCUCACAUGAUGGUAUGAUAAAUGAUGAUGAGCGCGCUGUUCGUGUUCUUGCAGUUUCCAGCAUGGCAAGUUCGACGAUUCUUGAGCCUCACACGUACAUAUAAUAUAUAUUGUUACAACUACAGGUGCUAUCGAAGACGUCUCCGUCCCUUCCUGCAAGUCCGAAUUUGUCUCCGAGUCCACGAAAACCGACGACAAGCCGCAACUCGGCUCUGCGAACGUCGUGGUCGCUGGUGGCCGAGCCUUGCAGUCAUCGGAAAAUUUCGACAACGUUUUGCAACCGCUCUGUGACAAGAUGACGGCGGCGAUGGGCGCCAGUCGAGCGGCCGUAGACGCAGGGUAUGUGCCCAACGACAUGCAGGUAAGCGUAAGUAAGGAACAUAGGCUCGUGCUGUCAACAUUCUCAAAACGUGUAGGAGACAGACGCAAACAUCCUCAUCCCCUACAUGAAAAUGCAUUUAAUUUUACGGAGCAAUCUUCUGAGGCGGGUCUGAGUUGUCUCAUCAACCACAUGAUAUGCGCGGUACUUACAUCAAAUCUAUCAGGUGGGCCAAACCGGGAAAGUUGUCGCCCCGGACUGCUACGUGGCGGUCGGAAUUUCCGGCGCCAUCCAACACCUCGCGGGAAUGAAGGACAGCAAGACCAUCGUGGCGAUCAAUAAGGACCCCGAUGCGCCGAUUUUUUCUAUUGCGGACUACGGACUGGUAGCGGAUUUGUUCGAGGCGGUUCCGGAAAUGACAAAGAAAAUCUAA